GUUGUGCGAGUGGAGCCCUGCGAGGCAGGUCCUCCCCUGACCCCUGGUGACCCUCCUGUUGCGCUUCCUCGGGAGGCGUUUUGCCCUCCGGUUAAAACCUUCAGUGUUUUCCGUGUCCCUUCAGGUGAUAGCGAGAGAUGCCGUGUCAUUUGGACCCAGCAGGAUCGACAGUGCAUCCUUGAUACUUUAGCACAGUUGUUACUGGAUAAAGAAUGUACUCUACUGAUUGGCCGUCAAGUUCGCCCAAUCUUGUUGGAUUUGUUGGAAAGAAAUGCAGAAGCCAUUAAAGCUGGUGGCCAAAUCAACCAUGAUCGGCAUGAAAGGCUGUGUGUAGCGAUGAGCAAGCUGGUUGCGGACCACCCUGAUGUUUUGCCAUUUGCUUUAAGAUAUUUUAAGAAUACAUCACCAGUUUUCCAGAGGCUUUUCCUGGAGAGCUCAGAUGCAAACACAGUCCGAUACGGGCGCAGACGAAUGAAGUUACGGGACCUCAUGGAGGCAGCCUAUAGAUUUUUACAAAAGGAGCAAUCAAUUUUUCGGGAAUUAUGGGACUGGAGUGUGUGUAUUCCACUCCUAAGGAGUCAUGACACUUUAGUCCGCUGGUAUACUUCAAACUGUCUUGCUCUGGUUACAUGCAUGAAUGAUGAGCAUAAAUUGUCUUUCCUGAAGAAGUUAUUCAAUCCUGAGGAGCUGAUACAUUUCAGACUGAAGCUGCUAGAAGAAUCUCAGCUGCAGAAUGUGGAACGAGCUCUUGUUUUGGCCAAUCCAGACUCCUCUUUUUGUCAAAAGGAAAAAGAAUUGCAAUAUACACAAGGAUAUAUUGUAUCGGGCGACCUCUCUGCAAAUGUAGUAGCUAUAUGUGGUAUUGUGCUGCCUAGAUUACAUCUUGAAAAUAACACUGGCCAUUUUGUUUUGGUUGAAUCUGCCUUCACAAAUCUUCAAAACCUUGCUAUUGCAGUGGCAUAUCAGAGACCUGUUUUAUUAGAAGGACCAAUAGGAUGUGGCAAAACUUCUUUAAUUGAAUAUUUAGCAGCUGUUACAGGAAGAGCAAAGCCUCCUCAUAUUUUGAAAGUCCAACUUGGGGAUCAAACUGAUAGUAAGACGCUGCUGGGUAUGUAUCGUUGUACAGAUAUACCAGGGGAGUUUGUGUGGCAACCUGGAACCUUGACACAAGCUGUUACCAAAGGUCAUUGGAUACUUCUGGAGGAUAUUGAUUAUGCUCCUCUGGAUGUGAUCUCUGUGCUGAUUCCUCUUUUGGAAAAAGGAGAGUUGCUGAUUCCUGGUCGCGGUGACUGUUUAAAAGUAGCGUCGGGGUUCCAGUUUUUUGCAACCAGGAGGUUAUUCAGUUGUGGUGGAGGGUGGUACAGGCAGCAAAGCAGCCAUGCUGCUCUUUUGGACAAAUAUUGGACCAAAAUACAUUUGGAUAACAUGAGCAAAGGAGAGCUCAAGGAGGUUCUUCAAAGGAGAUACCCCAACCUUGCUCUUGUAACUGAUCACUUGCUAGACAUUUACAUUCACCUUACGGGAGACAAGUAUCAGGCAUCAGAAAACAGUGCUUCUGGCUCCAGGCACAUAGCAGAAGAUUCAUCAGAAUCAAGAUCAGAAAAUAAGAAACCAUAUCUGGAAGGACGAGAACUAUCUCUGAGAGACUUACUGAAUUGGUGCAGCAGGAUUGCUUACAACUUCGACAGUAAUUCUUCAACCACAGCAGUGAAUAUUUUUCAGGAGGCAUUGGACUGUUUCACAGCUGUGCUGUCCAGCCAAGGGAGCAGACAGAAAAUGGCAAAAGUUAUUGGAACUAAACUAAAUAUUUCCAAGAAAAAGGUGGAGUUCUUUUGUGAACUGUAUAAACCAGAAAUUCUAAUACGGGAACAAGAAGUCUCUGUCGGAAGAGUGCAUCUCCGGAAGAAACAAACCCAGGCUCUCACUGUACAAAGAGCAAAACAAACCUUUGCUGCUACACGGCCAUCAGCAGUAUUGAUUGAACAGCUUGCAGUUUGUGUUGUCAAAGGAGAGCCAGUGCUCUUGGUUGGUGAAACAGGAACUGGCAAAACAUCAACUGUUCAGUACCUUGCUCACAUUACAGGACACCGUUUGAGGGUUAUCAACAUGAACCAACAAAGUGACACGGCAGAUCUGUUAGGGGGGUACAAGCCUGUGGAUAACAAGCUGAUCUGGCUACCUCUGCGAGAGUCUUUUGAAGAACUCUUCUCUCAGACGUUUUCUAGAAAGAAAAAUCAGACAUUCUUGGGACACAUUCAGACCUGCUACAGGCAGAAACGUUGGCUUGAUCUGCUAAAACUAAUGCAGCAUAUUCAUAAAUCUGCUGUUAAUAAGGAAGCAAAAGAAAAUGCAUCUGGCUCACCACUGAAGGAAAAGUGGGAGGCAUUUGGUCUUAAACUGAAUCAUGCUCAUCAACAGAUGAAAAUGACAGAAAAUGCUCUUCUCUUUGCAUUUGUUGAGGGUACUUUGGCACAAGCAGUAAGAAAAGGAGAGUGGAUUUUAUUGGAUGAGAUUAACUUGGCUGCAGCAGAGACUUUAGAGUGCCUGAGUGGUUUGUUGGAAGGAUCAUCUGGGUCACUGGUGUUACUAGACAGAGGAGAUACAGAGCCUCUUGUCCGUCACCCUGAUUUUCGCUUGUUUGCAUGCAUGAAUCCAGCUACAGAUGUUGGAAAGAGAAAUCUUCCUCCAGGAAUAAGAAACAGGUUUACUGAACUUUAUGUAGAAGAAUUAAGAAAUGAAGGAGACUUGCAAGUUCUUAUCAUGGAUUAUCUGAGAGGCUUGAAUGUGAACAAAAAUACGGGCUUCUGUUUGAGUUUCCUGACACAGCUUGACAGAGUUUCUCACCCAGUAGUUCAAAAGCUUAUUUGCCAGCAUAUAGUCUCUGGCAACAUCAAAAGCCUUCUCAAGCAGCAAAUCCCAAAACCCCAAGGAGGCAGAUUUGUGUUUAUAGAAGGAUACUGGAUUUCAGCUGGGGAUAAGGAACCUACUGUGGAUGAGACUUAUGUGCUAACCCCUUCAGUUAAGCUUAAUCUGAAAGACAUUGCCAGAGUUGUGUCUGCAGGGACUCAUCCAGUACUGAUUCAAGGAGAAACCUCAGUUGGUAAAACCAGUUUAAUUCGCUGGUUGGCUGCUGCUACUGGGAACCAUUGUGUAAGAAUUAACAAUCAUGAGCAUACUGACAUCCAGGAAUAUAUUGGCUGUUAUACGUCAGAUGCCUCUGGGAAGUUGGUAUUUAAGGAAGGCAUCCUCAUAGAUGCAAUGAGAAAGGGUUACUGGAUUGUUCUAGAUGAACUGAAUUUGGCUCCCACUGAUGUUCUGGAGGCUCUCAACCGUUUGCUGGAUGAUAACAGGGAGCUGUUCAUUACUGAGACCCAGGAAGUUGUCAAGGCUCACCCUCGCUUCAUGCUGUUUGCUACACAGAAUCCUCCAGGACUCUAUGGUGGCAGAAAGGUUUUGUCCAGAGCCUUCAGAAAUCGUUUUGUGGAACUGCAUUUUGAUGAACUGCCAAGUGCUGAAUUGGAAACCAUCCUGCACAAACGAUGCAGUUUACCACCUUCUUAUUGCAGCAAGCUUGUCAAAGUCAUGUUAGACCUGCAAUCUUAUCGUAGAGGUUCAACAGUAUUUGCUGGGAAGCACGGGUUCAUUACCCUGCGGGAUCUGUUUCGUUGGGCUGAAAGGUACAGAUUGGCAGAACAGCUGGAGAAGGAGUAUGACUGGCUUCAGCACUUAGCAAAUGAUGGGUUUAUGCUUCUGGCAGGCAGAGUCAGAAAGCAGGAGGAGGUGGAUGUUAUUCAGAGUGUCCUUGAAAAACACUUCAAGAAGAAGCUAUAUCCUGAGUCACUCUUCUCAGGGGAAAGUGUCAAAAAGCUGCUGGCUAAAUCAUCCAUACAGAUGUCAGUGAUGGACAGAGAUUUUAACCAUAUUGUCUGGACUCAAGGGAUGAGGAGACUUGCCAUUUUGGUGGGACGAGCCCUGGAGUUCGGUGAACCAGUACUGCUGGUGGGAGACACUGGGUGUGGUAAAACUACCAUUUGUCAGAUCUUCGCAGCAUUAACAAAUCAGAAGCUAUACUCUGUGAAUUGCCACUUGCAUAUGGAGACUUCAGACUUCCUGGGAGGACUGCGACCAGUCAGACAGAGGUCAAAAGACCAGGUGGAAUCUGAUGGUUCUAGACUCUUUGAGUGGUGUGAUGGACCUCUUGUUUUAGCAAUGAAAGAGGAGGGGUUUUUUCUCCUUGAUGAGAUUUCUUUAGCUGAUGAUUCUGUAUUGGAGCGACUUAACAGUGUUCUUGAAGCUGAAAAGAUGUUGGUACUUGCGGAAAAAGGUGGUCAAGAUGAUGAGGAUAACGAGGUAGAACUACUAGUUGCAGGAAAGAAAUUUCGUAUCCUUGCGACCAUGAACCCAGGAGGUGACUUUGGGAAAAAGGAGCUUUCUCCUGCAUUGCGCAACAGAUUUACAGAAAUAUGGUGUCCACAAAGCAAUGGCCGUGAUGAUUUGAUACAGAUUGUAAAACACAAUCUUCAUCCAGGAUUGUCUCUGGGUGGAAUAAGCCAUCAAGGAGUAGACAUAGCAGAGCUCAUGAUGGACUUUGUUGAAUGGCUGACUAAUCAAGAAUUUGGCCGCCAGUGUAUUCUCAGUGUGCGAGAUGUCUUGUCAUGGGUUAAUUUUAUGAAUGUCAUGGUAGAGGGUGAAGAGUCACAUUUUGCCAAGGAACAUGGCCUUCACAUUUCUCCAAUGAUGUCUUUUAUCCAUGCUGCGUGUUUGGUAUACAUUGAUGGAAUAGGAUCUGGUACAACAUCCUGCUCAGCUGAUACAGCUUUAUUAGCUCGUGAAAAAUGCCUGACAUUCUUAUGUGAGAAAAUGAGUCAAUUCCUUGAGCUGACUGAUUAUCAGAAGGGUGAACUGAAGAUUUAUGACAGAACAAAAGAAAAAGAGUUUGUGUGGAUGGACGACUUUAUGGGAAUCUACCCCUUUUUUAUUCCAAUAGGCCCUCAUCUCCAGAGGAACAGCAUUACAGAUUAUGCUCUCAAUGCUGGGACCACAGCCUUGAAUGCACAAAGACUGUUAAGAGCUCUACAGCUUAACAAACCUAUUUUGUUGGAGGGAUCACCAGGAGUGGGCAAGACCAGUCUAGUUGCUGCCCUGGCAAAAGCCUCAGGAAACUGUCUUGUUCGAAUCAACCUGUCUGAGCAAACGGAUGUGACAGACUUGUUUGGGACAGACUUGCCUGUUGAAGGUGGGAAAGGAGGAGAAUUCGCCUGGCGUGAUGGACCACUACUAGCAGCAUUAAAGGCUGGACACUGGAUCGUAUUAGAUGAGGUGUAUGUUGAUCAACUGUCAGCAGAAGAUAUGGAGUUUAUUGGGAAUACCCUGUUUCCUGCUAUUGAUAAAAGUAUUAUGGCUAAAAUGGUUGCUUUCAAUAACAAG